AUCCUGCACGUCUCCGUUCCGCUUCUUUUCAGCGCAAACGCACCCUUAGUAGUCGUAUUUACUCCUCCCCAUUGGCAGGGCAAGCACGGGUUCCACAUCCACGAGUACGGCGACAACACCAAUGGAUGCACGUCGGCGGGCGCGCACUUCAACCCCACUGGCAGCGACCACGGCGGGCCCGAGUCGCCCGUGCGCCACGUCGGCGACCUCGGCAACAUCGAGGGCUCCCUGCUUGGGUUCACUCGGGUAUACGUUCAGGAUUCGCAGAUAUCCCUGUCAGGGCCUCACAGUAUCAUAGGGCGCACACUGGUGAUACAUGCAGAGCCCGACGACUUCGGACUCGGCGGGACUGAGACCAGUAAAACUACCGGCAACGCCGGGGCUCGCAUCGCGUGCGGCGUCAUUGGAUUCGCGUCAACACCGAGCUCGUCAAAUAAAUAGAUGCAACAAAAUUGCGGUACUUUAUUUCCCGCCUUGUAUAAGUUUAUUUUUUUACAAUCUCUGUUAAGUGGCCAAAGUGAUAAAUUAUCGUGAUUUUUUUACGUUACAUAUUGCAUAA